AUGCCAAAAUACGCUAAAUUUUUGAAGGAUCUUCUCACGAGUGGAAUGAAGAUGGAAGAGGCGGCAAAGGUGGUCUUAAAUGGGAAUUGCUCAACUGAUAUGCUGAACAAGUUACCUAAGAAGAUGGGGGAUCCAGGAAGCUUGACACUCCCAUGCCAAUUCGGAAAUUUGGCCACAAGUUACGCUCUUGCCGAUUCGGUAGCAAGUGUCAGUCUCAUGCCUUAUUUCUUUUUCAAGAAGCUAGAUCUUUCGGAGCCAAGGCCAAUUCUCAUAGAAAUACACCUCCCUAACAAAACAGUGACCUUUUCCAAGAGAUAUUGA